AUGGCUUCGUCAUGGCCAUCAUGUUGGCUUCUGGCCUUGAGCGCCGCCUUAUGGGGGACCACUUGGGCCGCAGAUGGUGGUCAGCAGCAGCAGCCAUUGACUAUAGGCAAGAGACCGAACAUUGUCUUCAUAAUGAGCGACGACCAAGAUCUUCAUAUGGAUUCUCUUUCGUACAUGCCACACCUGAAGAAGCAUCUAACAGACCGAGGUACAACCUUUUCGCGCCACUAUUGCACGAAUGCGCUGUGCUGUCCGUCUCGUGUCAGUUUGUGGACAGGCAGGGCUGCUCACAAUACUAAUGUCACGGAUGUGAAUCCUCCCUAUGGUGGUUAUCCCAAGUUCAUAAGCCAAGGCUUCAAUGCAGCCUAUCUGCCUCUCUGGCUACAAGAAGCAGGCUACAACACCUACUACAUCGGCAAGCUCUUCAAUGCUCAGAGAGUCGACAACUACGACUCGCCACAUGCGGCUGGCUGGACCGGCUCCGAUUUCCUACUAGACCCGCAUACGUACGAGUAUCUCAACGCAACGUUUCAGCGGAACCAUGAUCCUCCUAUAAGUUACGAGGGCCAGUACUCUACAGAUGUGGUCGCGGAUAAGUCCUACGGUUUCUUGGAUGAUGCGUUAGCCGAUCGUGACAGCAAACCUUUCUUUCUUGGUAUAGCUCCCGUCGCUCCACACUGCAACGUACGACAUCAUGAGAAGGUCAAUGGCAACUGGACCGAGAAUUCUGCGACUAUGUCGCCACCUGUGCCGGCCAAGAGGCAUGAGCACCUGUUCAAUGACAUUAUUGUCCCACGAACAGAACACUUCAACCCUGACGAGCCCAACAGCGUCUCCUGGAUCUCACAUCUUCCAAAGCAGAACCAGACCAACAUUGACUUCAACGAUGGCUUCUACCGCAACAGAUUGAGGUCACUGCAGCCACUGGAUGAGAUGAUUGAAGGCGUCAUAUCCCGUCUCGAAGAUGCAGGCGUCCUGGAUCAGACCUACAUAUUUUACACCACUGAUAAUGGCUACCACAUUGGGCAGCAUCGCUUUCAGCCGGGCAAGCAGAGCGCUUUCGAGGAAGACAUCAAUAUCCCACUCAUUGUCCGUGGACCGGGCAUUGCGGAGGGUAUGGUGACGGAUGUAGUCACUACGCAUACUGAUCUGGCGCCGACAUUGUUGAAGCUUGCUGGUGCAGAACUGAGAAGUGACUUCGAUGGUGCUGCCAUCCCGUUGGCAUCAUCCGACAUCUUAGAGGCUGGGAUGGUCCGCCCAGAACACAUUAACGUCGAGAUGUGGGGUAUCAUUAUGUCUGAGGGCAAGUACGGGACCGUGGUGUACCAGAACCAUACCUACAAAGCCCUGCGGAUCAUCGGUGAGCAUUACAGCUUUCUGUACACUGUGUGGUGCAAUAACGAACAUGAACUAUACGACUUGAUGAUGGACCCAUAUGAAAUGAAGAACCUGUAUGCUCAUGAGCACUCUAGUGCUUUUGAAUUCAGGCCAGCAAGCCGUCACGGCGGUGAGCAUACCGACGAAGAUUUGACGGAAGAGAUAUUCCCCAGCACAAGCGGUUCAACAGCUCAUACCACCAACAACAACACCACCGCUGCACCGUCGACCCUCAAGCACAUAAUCUCACGCCUCGACAGUCUGCUGAUGGUCCUGAAGACCUGCAAAGGCCGCGAGUGCACCCACCCGUGGGAGGUGCUACAUCCGGAAGGCAAUGUGCGCGAUCUACAUGAUGCACUCGACGAAGAAUACGACCACUUCUACGAAACGCAGCAGCGGCGUGUGCACUUCACUAAGUGCGAGAAAGGUUAUAUCAUCGAGAGCGAGGGCGAGGUUGGCGCCAAGGCUUGGCCAGUCGAUGAGGCUGGUGUGAGGGUUGGAGCGGCCUGGAACCAUCCUGUUGAACGGCAGUAG